ACUUUAAACGGUUACGCCAACCCUCAUUUGUUAUUUUGCGCUCGCGACUUUGCAGUUCAGCUGACUGCUAACUCGAUUUCCAUUACGCGUUGGUUGUGUUUAAGAGGCGGAGACAAUCGGUGCGGUGAUGGAUGCUGAGAUGGCGCAGAGUGAAUCGGCUAGUCACUACGAAUUCGAUGCACCAUCACAUGUCAUUGAUUUCCAAGCAUUGGAUACGGAGGACAACGCAGAUAUUUGGUUUGACCAAUGUGCUGGCCAGGAUGAGAGACUGUUUGGCCAUCUUGCCACCCCAAACAGAAACAACAUACCAUUUGGUGCGACCCCCAAAGCGCACUUGCCCAGGGCGAUUGUCUCUCCCAGAGUGAAAGAGAACUCAGACUCGGAAGCCCCAAGCACGUACUCCAACAUUGUCACAUCCUGGGGAAAUAGGCCAGCACCGGUAGCUGCCCCACCAAAGAAGGGACCGCCUGCCCGAACAAGCAGGGUGUUAAAACGCAAAGAUGCAGCCAGCAAUGAGGAAGGACCGCACACUGCCCCUGAGGCCACACCACCUGUUAAGAAGCUGAAAAGGAGCUUAUUACUAACCCCCAGACGCAGUGGUGGGGUCCGUUCUAGUGUGCGACUCAACCCCAGAGCAGCCAACCAGGCCCGGCCCGCUGCAGCUGCCGCGAACACCACACAGCAUAAGAGCUCUGAGCAGCAGGAGAUGGUGACCAUCAAGACUCUUCAGAAGGAGGUGGCUGACAAGCGGAAGAGGAACAUGGCCAGCUACAGGGCAGCCUUGGCAGGCAGUCAGCUCCCUAAGAAGCUGGCUCUGGCCACCACCGUACCCAAAGAGUUCAACUUCAGCACAGAUGGACGCGUCAAGGCAGGCACUGCAUCAACCCACCGGGAGGUGGACUUCACUGCUCAGCUCCGCAAGCACCCGUCCUCCCCCACCAAGGUGCCAAAGGGUGCCACUAUUCCCAAGCCCUUCAACCUGUCCACUGGCAGCAAGAAGGUGGAGGACCCUGUCCCCUUCAUGCCCAUGGCCCAACAGAUCGAGCUGUUCCAGAAACGGACUCCGUCCCGCUACCACCUUCGUAGUCGACAGAGCCAAGAGAGGGGCCCGUCGCCUGUGAAGAGUGAGCAGCUUAAGAUCACCCACCCUCACACCCCUCAGCUGAUGACCCGACAGAGGAGCCGUCCCACGGCGGUCAAGAGCAGAGCUGAACUGGAGGCUGAGGAGCUCCAGAAACUCCAACAGUUUAAGUUCAAGGCCCUGGGGCUGAACAGGAAGAUCCUGGAGGGGGCACUGAACCCCAAGAAGCCUACUGUGAAGGAGUCCACGCACCCAGAGGUAUUCCAUAUGCACAUGGACAAGAGACUUGCGGAGCGGCAAGCCAGCAAGAAGCCAGAUGAGCCUGAGGAGCAGCACACCUUCCACUCCCGCCCGCUGCCUGUCAGGAUCCUAGAGGAGGUGGUGGGUGUCCCGGAAAAGAAGGUGCAGUGUCCCACUGUUCCAGAGUCUCCUGCAUGGGCCCUGAAGAGGAAGUGCAUGGACAGAAAAGUGGAGGAGGUGAAACCCCCAGCCCCACUUAAGGCCCAUGCUGUGCCCCACUUUGGCCUGCCCUUUCUGCCUAAGCUCCAGGACAAGACCCAGGUGGAGGUGUGCCCCUUCUCCUUUGAAGAGCGGGAGCGCGAGAGGCGGGUGCUGAAAGAGAAGAGGCUGGAGGAGCUGAGGCACGAAGAGGUGCCAACGUUCAAGGCCCAGCCACUGCCAGACUUCCAUGCAGUGGUCCUGCCAGAGAAAAAGGUGGCUGAGCCCACCAAGCCUGAGCCCUUCAAGCUGCUCCUCGACGAGCGGGGAGCUGCAAAGAAUGACCGCUGGGAGCAGAUGAUGAAGGAGGAACAGAAGCACCAGGCAGAGGCAGCCACCUUCAAAGCUCGACCAAACACGGCAAUUCACAAAGAGCCGUUCAUGCCCAAGAAAGAGAACCGCUCAGUCCUGGAAGACAUUAAUAAUUCCGUAGUUCCAGAGGUCUUCCAGCUAUCUACAGAGCGCCGUGCCAAGGAGCGGCUGGAGUUUGAGCGGGCGGUGAGCGAAAAGGAGGCGAUGAGGGCUCGCGUGGAGGAGGCGCAGCGGAUGGAGCUGGAGGAGUGCGAGAAGGAGAAAAUGGCCAGGCUACGCCAAGAGCAGGUCCACAAAGCCCAGCCCAUCAGACGCUACAAACUACUGGAGCUGAAGAAGAGCGAUGUCACACUCACUGUGCCCCAGUCCCCCAACUUUUCUGACCGUUUCCGCAUGUAAUGGCUGCGGGAAAGAUUGUGUGUAUAUAUCUCUGUGCUCAGUUUCGUUAGUCUGCCUUUCUAAUUAGUUUGUAGCUGUACAUUAACUACGGUUGUGGAUUUGUCCACUAGUGUUAUACCUUGAAUCGUAGAAAGGGUUUGAAUCAAUUUUUCUCAACCUGUUGUCUAUACUUUCAUCCUUGAUUCAGAAAAGUACAUUUGACACGUUUUCAGUUGCAGGUGGUUUUUAACAAAAAAUAAUAAUCCCAAGAGCUGGUGAAAUCCUACGGUUUGCCCUUAGUGAAGUUCCCUUGCCAUUUUAGCUACCAGACAUGCAGUUCCUAACCUCAGAUGGAACGACACAUUUCCAUGUGACGUGGCCACGUAGUUCUACACAAGGCAUUUCUCACGUCAUGUAAAAUACAUGCCUUGUAAUCUUUCUGAAUAUUCGCUUGCAUUUGGAGAACUGCCUGCAACUGAACAUAAAAUGCUUUUGUGAACGAGUUUUGAAAAUUUUCUUCUGACCCCUUUCUACUAGGCAAAGUAACGCUAUUAUGGGACAAUUCAAACGUGUUAUUGUAUAGCGAAGGAUUAGUAAUAGUAUUCCCAUCUUAAUUGUACGUGGCCUGAACUUGUUUGUUCUGAUUUACUGUCCAAUUUCAAUUAUGUAUAAUAAAGUUUUUACUUUUAA